AUGCUCGCACCAACAAGGAAGCGCAUCGAGGCCGAGGAGGAGCCUGACCUUGACCACCAGUCCCCAGAAUGGCGCAGAUACCUCGACGAACAACGCUUCCUGGUGAUUCGCGAGGACCUGGCCGAGUGGCUGUCUCAGCAGCUGCAGGCUCGUCUGACAGAAGACAACCUCAUGGAGGAGUUGCAGAAUGGAGUGCUGGUGUGCAAGUUGGCCAACACAAUUGAAGAAGCAGCAGAGAACACGCCCAUGGACCAGCGACCAACGCACUUUAAGUUCUGCCGCCUUGCCCAGGAGUCCGCUGCUCGCGUGUGCGGGACUGGCAGUCGCCGCCUUCGCUUCUUUGCACACGCGCAACCUCACACUUUCCUUGCACGCGACAAUGCCGUGAAGUUUCUGCGGUGGUGCCGAGAGCUUGGGAUGCCAGACGUCCUGCUCUUCGAAUCAAACGACAUGGUGGAAGGCCGGAACGACCGGGCGGUGCUCAACUGUCUCCUGGAGGUCGCCAGAUUCGCAGCAACCGUCGGCAUGGAGCCGUCGCAAUUGAUUGCAAUGGAGAUUGAGAUUGAGCGCGAGGAGCAAGAGAGCGAGAGCGACGAGGAUGAUGAUGAUGACGACGACGACGACGACGACGACGACGACGACGACGACGACGACGAUGACAAUGAGGAUACAGCUGGUGCUCGUGCUGAUCUGCCGAUGUUGGAGGUUGACGGAGACGAUGUGAGCACGGGUGAUGACCAUCUUCGCGAUGAGGAGGACAGCGUUGGCGUUCUGUCGGAUGAUCUUGACGACGAUGAUGAUGGGAUGGCAAUUGGCCCUGAAGCCACCCCGCUCUCAUUUGCACCAUUGGCAUUGGAGUUGUGCGUGCCAACGCGUCCAGGGUACACGCAUCAAACGCAGUGCACGCUCUCACCCGUCGGCGUCACUUCAUCCUCGGCUACGUUUGAUCUUGGCCUUCCCAUGCACGUGCACGCCUGCACCCUCUCCGUCUCCGCGGCUGCAGCCGUUGCUGGCGCACACGGGACGAAAGACGCGAUCAUGACAACGACAGCAGGGGCAACAGCACCAGCGACAGCGACGACAGCUGGGUUGAACGUGCGGGCGCUUCUUCGGGCACACGGCGUCCUUACAGGCGUUUCUUCCCCCCGCCAACAACAACAACACAACCUACAAGCACAGCAACAACACCACAACCUACAAGCACAGCAACAGGAACAACAACAGCAGCAACGGCACGAUGGCGAGGAAAGUGAUGGUCUUGGCGGUCCAGCGGCGUUGGCGGCCUUGCGAGUGGAGCUGCGGGGAUGUCUGGAUCACACCUCUGCCUGCACCAACAAUGCGACCGCAACCAUGAACGCUCGUUGCAAUGCCAGUCAUCGUGAUGCCAGCGCAACGGACAGCGUCGUAUCGCCAUCUGCACACGUGCGCACAGCGGGACAGCCGACGUGUUUGCUGUGGCGUCAUGAUGACGUGCAGGUCACGUGCACUCGCCAUGAUGACUACGACGGCGGUGGCGACGACGAUGGUGGCAAUGAUGACAGUGACACGAGGGCCACAGCAGCGGACACGGGCAAGAACAUCAAAAAGAAGAAGGGCACGGUGUUAUCGUCUCCCAUUGCGUCACGUUACGCCGGACGUUUGUUCCGGUUCAUCACCGUUCGGUUUGAUGGUGCACACCUGCAGCGCCAGUGCGACACCCACAAUGCCGCCACGACAUUACGUGGUGUCGAAAACGAUUCGUGCCGCGUUCACCUUUGCGUCGAAGCGUUUGCUGCUGGCCACCUGGCCUACCUCACACCACCUCACCAGCCACAACAACAACAGCAGCAGCAGCCACAAGAGCAGUCACAGCAACAACAGCAGCAGCAGCCACAAGAGCAGUCACAGCAACAACACCAGCCACAACAACAACAGCAGUCACAGCAACAACAGCAGCAGCAGCCACAAGAGCAGCAGCAAUUGAGCACGUGGCUGCCUGAUGAUCAAGACUACCACCCCGUCAUGGCUGCCCUUGAGGAAGCAGAUGUGAAGCGGGCACAGGGGUGCGUGUCAUGCGCUGGAUUUGGCAUCAGGCGACGCAACACAGGCGUGGACGUGGCGUGGCAGGAUGGCGUGGCGAUAGAAGAAGACACCAGCACCACCAACAUCCACAACCAAGGCGAUGGUCAUGGUGACACAACCGCACCCACUGCUGUCGUGGUUGGUGACAGCGGUGGUGGUGAUGAUGAUGAUGAUGAUGAUGGCAGCGAUGACGACGCUGAUCCACGCGUGACCAUCACCUUUGAACGGCCAACACAUGUCGUGGCAGUGCUCAUCCGACACACAGGUGGCAGCAUCCCAUCCGAGACCGUGCGCACAAACAAGGCGGUGGGUGACGAUGAUUCUGACCGAGAUGACACGAGCAAUGGUGCAUAUGGCUCUUCCACACAGCAGCAACAGCAGCAGCAACAGCAGUCGUCGCAAGUGUUUGCGGUGCAGUGUGCGUACACGGAUUUGCACAACGGCGUGGUGCAUGCGUGCAAACGCCUGUCCAUGAGCCACCGCAGUACGCAGCAGUGGAGUGCAACACCAUCGCCGCGAAUGUCCACAGACAGCGGUGCAGCGUCAACAGCAGCUGCGACGCGCAAGAACCUGAGCCUUCUGCCCGCCAUUGCCGAACACAGCGAUGGUGAUGUAGAAGAUGAUGAUAAGGCGAUGACAGUCAGUGAUGGAGAUGAGGUGGCAGCGCCACGCGGUGGUGAAGAUGACACCGAGGACGCUGCUCAGGCUGCAGCACCCAACAGCGACAACGGUGACAGUGACAGUGGUGGUGGCAAUGAUGAUAUGGUGAUGGGAACGAGUCAUCCUGGGAGCGAUGAUUCAGGCACCAGCAAUAACACGACCGCAGUCAUCCACGCUGGUGGCAGCGAGGAGGAUGAUGAAGAAGAAGAGGAAGAAGAGGAUGACGAGGACGAGGAAGAGUUGGCAGAGGAAGGCGUGUUCUUCCUAUGCCCAGAUGUGCACCGCACGAGCUGUUUCCAACUCCUCGGCACCGUGGUGACCAAAGAGCUCAGCAUCGACCUAAUUGACUGGAUUGGCGCUGCUCCCCCGCGUGUUGACGUGGCUGUGCUGUGUCGAUCGUCACCGCUUACGGGUUAUGGCGGCACUGGCGACGCCGGCGUUGGUGAUGCGCAUGCAGCUGGCGGUGGUGAGACGGAGGUAGGCAGCGGCAAAUCGCGUACGACGAGCGUCGGCUCAAUUGGUUCCACCAGCACUGCUGAUGGCGGCGGCGAAGGUGAUGGCAGUGCAGCGGUGGCAGUGAACGGCGGUGACAGUGGUGCGGGCGGUGUUCAGUCGACGUCACAGCUCUCUGCGCUGCUUCGCCGUCUCGAACACACGCGAGAGGAGGGCGAGCUUCUGGUUCGUGAGCUGACAGCCACGUGCACGGCUGUCAACGACAUGGAGGAGGGGCUGUGCCACCGCCCCAUUCGCGAUGCGGAUGUCCUGUGGACGAACGUGAAGGAGCGAGUGGAGAGCACAAAGGAAUUCCUCCUUCAAACGCAGGACUUUGAUGAGGCAACGGAGAUUGUGCAAGAGUUGGUGACAGACACGCAGGUGAGCAGCGAUGCGCUUCACACUGGCUGUGUGGAAGCGGCCGAACUCGUGGAGGAUAUGCUUGCAAGCAACGCCGACAUUGUGGACAUGACGCAACAGUGGCUCAAGCCCGUCCAAUCCAAGUUCUGGGAUGCGGACAUCAACGCGGCGACAACAGCACUCAUGUCGAGCGCAACGACGAGCAAACGUGACCUCAAGGCGCUGGAACAUGCGCUGCGCAGUGCACUCGAGCAAGUGGAGGGCAUCAAGCGGUGCAGCAAGGAGGUGACACGCGCAGCACGCAUGCUGUCCAAAGCCAACACGGGUCUCGGCACCGCACUCUCUUCGAUGGAGGCGCACGUGAAUGCCCGACAGGACGAAAUAUUUCACGCCAUUUCCAGCAUCCUGAAGAUGUGCGUGGAGCGGUCACAAUCGAAGGACCAAGAUGACAGUGGCGGCGGUGACGGUGCUGGUGCUGGUGAUGCGACGAACGAGAACGACGCUGCGACGCGGCUGCCAAAGCAGCAGGUCACGCCCAUGCGGAAGCUCAAGCGAAGGACUGCACGCGCACGUAAACGCAGCAGUGCCACCGUUGGCAGCGUCACCAGCCGCUUGGCCGCAUAUCACGCCCGGCAUGCAAAGCUCACGGCGAAGAAACGCCGCCUUGGCCGCUUCAAGCUCCCCACGUACCCGAAGCUUGACCUGUCCAACAUCCGCCACCGCGUGGACAGCAGCAUGCCGGCUGCCAUGCGCGAGAUUAUGCGGCGAAAACGCUCCUCCCUGCGUCCUGUCGCCGGCGUCAUUGCUGACGUCAGAGCACGUGAUGCAAUCGCGGAGGAUAAGCAGCAGCAGAUAAAGCGGCCGGCGUUCCAGGCUAUGAACCUUCCCCUGAACGUUUCCAAGGUGUCCGCAAAGGUCAACACGGGCCUGAGCCGCCGCGCCACAAACGCCAUCCAUAGGCGCACAUCUCUCAGCACGCGCGCUGUGGAAAAGUUCAAGAAGGAACAAAGGAAGCUGCGAAGCGACACAGUGUUGCCGCUCGUCCAACAAAGCAUCGACAAGGCAGGCCUCACGGGCCAAGUCACGUUUGAGACAACCCACCGUGCCGGCUGCUACAUCUUUGGCGGCGCAGACAAGACCGUCAACGUCCGCCAGGUGCGGAAUCACCUCAUGGUGCGAACCGGUGGCGGGUGGGACACGCUGCUCAACUACAUCCACAAGCUGCACGCCUCUGGACUGGGCACGGCGUCGUCAACAUCCACACCACUUCGAUCGACCGCGGCGAAGCUGCGACGCACACGGCAGCGCUCGCCCAGUGGUCUCAGAAGUCCAUCAGGCAGCAACACCACCAUUGGCGGAGGUGCGAAACAUGCGCACGUCGCCGCACGAAGUGCAAAGGAAGGGCGGCGUCGGUCAGCGUCCACGCCCGUGCAGCAGAAGCAGCGGCAACCACAGCAGUCACAGCAGUCGUCGCAGUCGUCACGAAAGCGUGGGGAGGCACCGCGAAGGCCAUCGUCCCUCGCGCGCAUGCAGUCGUCGCCAGGGGUGUUGAAGGACGGCGGUCAGACAGCAGCAACGAGCACCGAUGAUGGUGGCUCAUCGACAGAUGCCCCUGCCAGCACAACAUCGACACCAGCAAAGACGCCCCACAGCACACCCAAGCCCGCGAGCCGCAGCGGAAGUGGGAAGAAAAAGAAGAUGACACAGCAGCAGCAGCAGCAGCAGCAGCAGCAGCAGCAGCAGAAGCAAUCUCCAAACUGCUCGGAGACGAGCGAAAUCAAACGCAACAGCAUCACGAAGUCCGCUCGCAACAAGCGCGAGCGCAAGUGGACAUGCUAG